AUGGAACAGAGCGAAACAAUGGUUAUGGAACAGAGGGAACUCUUCCCUUGUUCUCCAAACCCCAGUGUGAGUGAGAUGGAGGUCGCUGAUAUCUUGCUUCAGCUUCCUGAUAUGAUAUACCAAUUUGAGUCUCCUCUUCCAAUUCCACUCUCGCUCGGCUGGGGAUGUAAAAGCAAGAGAUCUGCACUUGCUGUGCAAAACGACCACGCCUCAACUCUGCAGCGCCUGCGUCAUCUUGGUCUGCCACCAUGUUGGAGUAAACUACUUCUACGGUGUCGUUUUACUCCCAGGUCUUUGGCCAAGAGUCCUGUACCACUUCUCUCUAAUGCUAUCAAGGUUGAAACUUCGAGCCCUGAUACGCCGCUCUCCUUCGAGCCCAGUGAAUCCGACGACAAGCCUCAGCAAUUGAGAAGAAGAGUCCUCGGUAAAAGGAAGAGAGAGGAAUGGAGUAAGAUUAUAGACGAACUGACUGAGGAAAAAGAAUCGGUACAAUUGGAAUUACAGAAGGUGGAGCGUCAUUAUGUCGACCUGAAUGAUUUUAAUUUGGAGUUGAAAGCAAGGAAAGAGAAGCUAAUGGGACUUGGCCAUAAACAGGAGGAAGAGUCCCGUUUGGAAAUUGAGCCGAGCUUGAAUAAUGCAGUGGUGCCAUUAUGCCAACCAGCCCAACAACCCAGAGUCUCAUCUCCCCCUUUUGCUGCUGCUGCUGCAAAUCAAGAGCAGUAUCAUCAACAACAUCAUGACCAAAUUCAUCCUCCUCCUAGCGUGAUGCAUUAUCAACAUCAACUGCAGCUCAUCAUGGAUCAGACGGCUCAAACUCAAAGAAGAGAAAUCUGUGAGAAUCUGAGGUACGGGUGCCCAUCUACUUCCUCUACUCAAGUGCCCUCCUCAAUCUCGUUGGCAUCCAGCGGCGGCAGUGCAAGUGGAUUGAUGAGGAUGGUCAAUUGCAACAACAAUGUGGUGGGCCCACGCGGUCUCAACCUUUGCUUAAAGGAUACGAUCGUGAUGAGCUCUUCCCAACCGUACGAUCUUACCUUGGUUAACAACACUAGGUUUGUGGCAGCUCAGAACAGACAGAAGAGACUUGAGUACUGCAGGCUUAAGAGACCUCGCUUGGCUACCACUUUAAGAUGA